AUGAUGCAAGCAAUCCUGUCGCGACUGCAUUCCCACAAAUGCGCUACCUUGAAGGUACCAUCGAACACGGUAACGCGUUCAUUUUUUCUUUCGUGUGACCUGUUUGUGAAGAGAAAGUGUCGGACUGGCCGGAAUCGUGGUGAGAUUGUCAGUAACCUGCGUGCUGAGGAUAAAGAACCCAACGAUUUUGGCGUAGAGUUCAGCUUCGCCAACCGCGCCACACGGAAAAGUUCAAACAGAGCAAACACUCGUCUAUCAAAUAGAAUACGAGGCAGUGGAGCUGUUCUCGUCCCGCAUCCAGACAAGGCAGAAAAAGGUGGUGAUGACGCGUGCUUAGUUCUCGAGUAUCAUGGAGUCUUUGGAAUCAUGGAUGGCGUCGGAGGCUGGGCCGAUGAAGGAGUCGACCCUGCUACAUAUUCUAGUACUUUUGCAAAAAAGUUGGCAGCAGCAGUUCUGGCUGGAGAAAAAGACCCUUGCGGAAUGAUCACAUAUGCUCAUGCGCAAACCCGCGUCAGAGGCAGCAGCACUGCAUGCGUAGCGACGGUUUCGCCUCGGGAUGGUUUGACUCUGGUCCGUAUAGUAAAUCUCGGCGAUGGAGGCGCAGUAGUUGUACGGGGCAAGAAAGUGGUGUUUACUACUGCUGCCCAACAACACCAGUUUAACUGCCCAUUUCAACUUGGUUGUCCCAGAUACUAUCCAGAAACUGAUUCAGUGGACGAUGUCCAGCGAUAUGACGUGAGCGUGUCUCGCGGAGAUGUUCUGAUCAUGGGAUCCGAUGGACUCUGGGAUAAUGUGUUUCUCUUUGAGGUAGCCAGAGUUUGUGAGGAGUUGUUGAUGAUGGAAGGCAGCGCGCAAGAAAUUGCGGAAUCGGUUGCGGGCAAAGCAUUUACCAACUCAAAGGAUGAACACUACGAUAGUCCCUUUACGCAAGAGGCAAGGGGAAAAGGAUACGGUGUUGGUCGAUCGGAGCACGCGCGGGGUGAUCGACUUGUUGGUGGCAAGAUGGAUGAUAUUGCCGUUCUGGUUGUCAUAUUCGACUCAUCAUAGCUGCAAAAAACCUACAAGAAGAAUAAUCUUUUGGAGAUGUUUGCUUGCUUUCUAUAGUACCUUUGUAUCUCACAACAAACGUAGCAAAAGUCGCAGGGACGUCGAUGCCAGUUCUUUAAUCUACGUAUUCCGUUUACUCUGUCGAAUUAUCUGCAAACAUGACAUUGUAAAUACCUAUCCCGCAACCUGUACAGCAAGGCCGUAUUUUCACGGGUGUCGGCGGGGCUUCAAAAUUUUUCAAGAGAGUCCUUCCGUCUAAUUCCAGAGGGACCAAAAAAUAAUUCAAGCAGAACAUCAGCGGAAACAUUCAGGUUAUUUAUAACGAGAUCCCAUGAAGUCUUUCCGUACAUCGUGCUCGAAAACACCGUCAUCCUACUACGAAUGCAAGGCCAGCAAAACCACCGGUGUUCCUUAAUUUUAGAGCCGAAGAUGUUCGCCAAGAAAUGUGCUUCUGUCGAGUAGAAAUUCAAUAACAGCGGAAGGGAGAUCUUAGGAGCCCGAUCUGACGCUGCUGAAAGGGAUGAUAGAGACAGCGGAUGCCGAGGCAGCGAUGGAGAAAGUAGACUCAACAUUUGCGACGCCUUGUUGGCCACUGACCUUGCAAGAUACGCUAGGAUCCUCUUUGCUCCGGAGAAGUUUUGAGUGCACAAACAUGCAACGAGGCAGAGAGUUGGCAAUCCGAGCAAACAAAAUGUCGAGGUCAUCAAAACGUGGCCAAAGUGAGGCAGUAUGUUUACGAAGAAAGUUACCGCCCAUCUCCAGUGCAGUGAGUUGUCCAUGGCAUUAUUGGAUGAAUCGUUUAAUGAAAACCAACCGUCUCGCAGGCCUU